UACGUUUAUGUUUGAACAAUACCAAAGGCAGAGUAGAAUAAGUGAGUGAGGCGUGCCAGAGGUUAAUUCUAACAAAUACUACUACUACGAUGGUCCUCCCGGUUUGUUUCAUGUAAGACACAUCAUGAAUACAAUCAAAUUCAUCAAACAAGCUUUAGUUUCACCUGGACGAAUUACUAUCUUGCAACGAAGUUGUGACUUACUGCCAAGGAGAUACAGAAACUCAGAUAUAAUUGCAUUUGGUAGAUUCUUCUCUUCCGUUGAUGCAAAACCAAACUUUAAUGUAGGAACUGUUGGACAUGUUGACCAUGGUAAAACUACUCUCACAGCUGCAAUUACUAAAGUUCUCCAUGACAGAGGCCUGUCUGAUUAUAUGACCUACGAUCAGAUUGAUCGUGCCCCUGAAGAAAAAUUGAGAGGAAUCACAAUCAACACAGCCCAUGUCUCAUAUUCUUCAGAAACAAGGCACUAUUCACAUACUGAUUGCCCAGGCCAUGCUGAUUAUGUCAAGAAUAUGAUUUCUGGGGCCUCUCAGAUGGAUGGAGCUAUCCUUGUAGUUGCUGCCAAUGAUGGACAGAUGCCCCAAACACGGGAGCAUCUUCUUUUGGCAAAACAAGUUGGUGUGAAAGAUGUUAUUGUGUAUGUCAACAAAGCUGAUCUUGUAGAUGAAGAUGUACUUGAAUUAGUGGAGAUAGAAGUUCGAGAGCUACUUGAAGAAUAUGGAUUUGAUGGACUGAAGGCUCCCGUUAUAAAUGGAUCUGCUUUGCUUGCACUUCGGGGUGACAAGGGACCAUACGGAGAAGAAAGUAUUCUUGAACUAAUCAGAGCCCUUGAUAAAUAUGUCACAACUCCAACAAGAAAUUCAACUGCACCCUUCAUGCUUCCAAUCGACAAUUUCUUCACAGUGCCUGGUCGGGGUUCAGUAGUUGUUGGUACAUUGAAACAAGGUGUGAUGAAAAAGUAUGAUGAAGCCAUGCUUUUAGGAUUUGAUCGUCAUAUCAAGACAACUGUAAACGAUAUUCAGGUUCGAAGCAACAGUUUACUUUUUGACCAAGCAAGAAGGUGGUAGAUCUCGUCCAAUAUCUUCCAUGUAUAUACAGCAACUUUUUUGUCAGACUUGGAAUAUUACUUGUAGGCUAGACCUUCCUGACCAGUUGACAAUGGUAAUGCCAGGUGAACACUGCAAUGUUUCAAUCACCUUACUUCAGCGUAUGGUACUAUCAAUAGGAGAAGCAUUUACCAUUCGUGAAAAUAACAUCACUGUGGCAACUGGUGUUGUUACAUCUUUGUUAAAUAGUGUGUCGGUUAUAAAUAAGAAAUUAGACAAAUUGAAGUUUUCCUGAAUCAAAUUAUAUUGUAUUACACAAAGUAUCUAAUUGUAUAUUAUAUGAAAAUAAAACAAGGUUCACCUACA